ACACAACCCAGGAAACUUGUAACUUGUAAUAUCCGUUCAUAGUUCAAAAAAAUAUUACCUUUUAAAUGAUAUAAUCGUAGUUCUACCUUGGACUUGUAAUCAUAACUAGUAAAGAUGUGGAAUGGUUGUUGCGGAUGUUGUAGCGCUUUUAGACCGAGAUAUAAGAGGCUGGUUGACAAUAUAUUCCCAGUAUAUCCUCAAGAUGGACUGGUUAAGUCUAAUAUGGAAAAACUCACUUUUUAUUCACUCAGUUCUCCUGAAAAAUUGGACAGAAUUGGGGAAUACUUGUAUCAGAGGGCCGCCAGAGAUAUUUACAGGAGGAAAUACGGUUUUGUUGUUAUUGCAAUGGAAGCCAUGGACCAACUACUUUUGGCAUGCCAUGCACCGACGCUGAAUUUGUUUGUAGAAAGUUUUUUGAAAAUGGUUCAAAAAUUGUUGGAAUCUACAGAACCGGAGUUGCAAAUUUUAGCCACACAAUCGUUUGUGAAAUUCGCCAAUAUAGAAGAAGACACGCCGUCGUACCAUAGAAGAUAUGACUUUUUCGUUAGUAAAUUUUCAGCUAUGUGUCAUAGCGGCGAGAAAGAAGAAGUUCGAGAUAAAAUACGGACUGCUGGUAUCAAAGGAUUACAAGCUGUAGUUAGGAAAACGGUUUCUGAUGAUCUGGUGGAGAACAUUUGGGAACCUGUCCAUAUGGAUAAAAUCGUUCCGAGUCUUUUAUUUAACAUGCAGGAAUCAGGUUUCCACAAAAAGGAAACUGAAACUGUUGAUAUUGGUCCAGAAGAUACAUUGGAUCCGCCAAUGUUGGCAGAAACUUGCAUGAGAGAAUUGGUAGGAAGGGCUUCAUUUGGACAUAUUAGAGCUGUACUCAGACCAGUGUUUAGGCAUUUUGAUCUACAUAAACUGUGGGUACCCAAUCAGUUCGCCAUUCACACCUUUAGAAUAAUAAUGUUUUCAAUACAGGCACAAUACUCAUAUACCGUAGUGGAAACUCUAAUGGCACAUCUUGACGAUAACACAAAAUCUAGCCCAACCAUACGAACUAAUAUCGCUGGAGUUUUAUCCAAAAUUAUUGCUAUAGCAGCUGGUGAAAGCGUGGGUCCAUCAGUUCUAGAAAUAAUAAACUCUUUACUCAGUCACCUCAGGGAUUCUGUUAAAAACGAAGCUAGCCAAACUGAAGAAAAGCAAUACCAAGAAGCAUUAAUAAACGCCUUAGGAGAAUUCGCAAAUCACCUUCCAGAUUACCAGAAAAUUGAAAUCAUGAUGUUUAUCAUGAGCAAGAUUCCAUUCCCGUUAGUAGACAAUCAAACACCUGCUGAUAAUUUGUUACAAAGUAUAUUAUUGAAAAGUUUACUGAAGGUUGGUACAAAAUAUCAGACAAUUCAUCUAAAUACAACGUUUCCAGUUUCGUUUUUGGAGCCUUUGUUACGAAUGUCGUUAGCUCCAGAUCCUGAUAUGAGGCUGCUGGUACAAAAGAUUUUCCAUACUCUUAUUGAUAGGCAUCACAAUCUUGACAAGCUCUCUAAACCCACGGUAAAUGUCUCGGAUUUGAAUUUGGUAUUAGAAAAAUCCUCUAGACCAGAUUUGAUAUUCAUCAACAAACACGGACCUAUAAUCUAUGAUGCUCUCUACACUAGCCUGCAGAUGGAUACCAAUAGUCCCGAAAAUAUAGAAGCAGUGUAUACAACUUUGGCUCUUCUUUGUGUCGAAUUGGCGAGUACAGAAACCGUUAUAGACUUAUUACAAUUGACGAUUGGUAUCCAAAGCCUUGCUGUCAAUAGCACAUCAUUGUCGAAUGCUCAAAAAUUCAACCUCCACGCUAUAGUGAUCAGUAUGUUAGCGCUCAUACCGACGGUAGUUAGUAUACCAGCUCUGGCAGAUUACGCGUCGCAGAUUGUGGAACAGAGAAAACAAGAUGCACCACAUUUACUUCCUGACUUAUACUCACAUUAUUCGUCAAAUAGCGAAGUGGCUAAUAAAGUUCCCCAUUUAUUGGUUGAUCAGAUGGCUGUUUGUGAAUUCGUAAAAUCCAGUGGAAUAGAUCCCUCAAGACUCCAACAGACAUCACCAUAUGGAGCCGGAGGCCCAGGACUUAUUGCUGGUUCCCAAAGAAAUAGCUGGAUUGAAAAUGGUGCUAGAGGUAGUAUUGUCGAUAUGGCUGUUACCGAAGUAGAUAGUGCGGCUAGCUCUCCUGGAGUACAAAAGGGCUUGAGGAAGACGUCGUUUUUGUGCAGUACAACGCGCGAACGAACGUUGCCACGAUCAGUAUGCAAUACUUGGACAAGGUUACUCUGGCCAGCUAGUUCUCCGGACCUAAAUCCCAUCAAACAUCUCUGGGACAAUUGGAAAAAACGUAUUCAACCCCUAACACCUCCUCCUAACAACGCACAGGAGCUUAAGAAUCUGUUAGUGAGAGGGUGGAAUAACAUACCACAACAUAAACACACUGAAGAAGACUUAAACUUCGAAAGCAUGAAAAAGGUGUUGGCAGAACCGCCGGAAGUUAGAAAAGAAGCGGAAGCCGAAAGACGAAAAGCCUUAAGCCAUACUUUUAGAACUGCUACAUUCUCGGAAUUAGUCCGGAGGACUCAGCCAAAGCAUGAUGUUUUACAGAGUAAACUAAGCGAAAUCUUUAAAUCGCUGACUACGAACGAAAACCGAAGUCCCACAGAGGAAAAAAGAAAAGAUGUCCCUCACUACGAGCAGAACUUCCCCGAACUGUUCUAUUAUUAAGGAUUCGCUUUGGAGAUGAGUCUGCAAGAUUCUCAGGUGAUAUGGUAUUAAAGGCUCAAGAAUUACUUCUAUUCUUUAUAGAAUUUUGGCUUUUUAUUGUAAUGUGAGAAGUAUUUACACAGGUGUAUUAUUUGGGUUGAAAAUCUUCAAACUGAGGAUGACGUCUAGAAGAAGUGGAAGAUAAUCGUAAAAUUAGGCCUAUGUGAUUUUUAAUGUUCUAAUGCUUAUCAUGCUUUGGGGUUUUCUACUCAAAACUCACACUGUAUAGAAAAAUCGAUAUUAAUCUUUAUUCCUUUUAUCUACGUCAUGGAAUGCUCUAAUAUAAAGCCAAACUUUGAGAUGUAUGUGAAUUGUUUUUUAAGUAGUUCAGCGUUCAACUAUUUUAUUUUGCUAAUAAACAGACUGUUAUUCUAAGGAAAAAGAAAUCAGAUCACAUUGCUCCUACGCCAAACAUUAUUUACCGUAUGAAAUGUGGCAAAGAGAUUUUUCUGACGGUUAACUUACCAAUUAAUACCGCAAGGUCUGUAUAGACUAAAACAGGCUUCGCAGUAGAUUAUAGCCAUAACAAAAUUUAAAAAUCAAA